UCGUUCGCAUCCCACCACGCAGCCCACCCACCUGACUGAUCAUUGUCAUCGUCGUCCCGCCCAACGAAACGUUCUCAACCUAAACACAACAACAUAAUGGUUUGAACUUCCCUAACCCUGACCCAGAUCUGUUCUAGUUGCUUCUUCCAUCCUCAACACAAACUCUUUGUCGACAAUCCGCAAAGCUAAUUACCCGGCUCUUUCUCGAACACCAGACACCCGCUGGAUUGCCUCUCUCUCGAACAACUUCUACGCUUCUCCAUUUGCAACGACCAGCAGCGCAACGAUUUCUCACUCUCCCGCUCUUGCGCAUCACUACGUCCCUUUCCGCAGGUACUACGCUUCAUACGCCUCGUACACCGCACAUCAUCACCUCGACCGCGAAGCUGUCGUCUACCACCACCACCACAUCGAAAAUGGCCUCGGACGAUUCCUACAUGGCCUUCCUCAACAAGGCCAACGAGGACCCUUCGCUCGGGUACCCGCGCGACCGCCCCGACCCGGCAACGCAAAAAGUCGGCAGCAAUACAUUCAAGACGCGCGACGAGGGGGUUCCCCUCCCGUCUCCGAUUGCCAAGUUGUUGGAAAAGGGGGAUAAGUUCUAUGUGAGCGAUGCGGAUGAGCCGUUUGAGGGGGUCGCGUUGAAGUUUGGGGAGGAGAUGCUUCCGGAUGAGGAAAAAUUCGCCUCUUUAAUCAACCACCCCAGCCCCGCCGACGCCGAUAUCGAGAUCUUGGACCCUGUUGACUGGGAUCGCAACGGGCAGUACCUUGAUUUGAUUGAUGCGGUGACGGAGGCGAGCGAAGGGCGUGAUGUGAAGGUGUACAGGGUUGCGAAGGACAGCGUGCGGGUGGAGUAUUGGGUUGUGAGUGUGAGUGUUGAUGGGAAGUUGCUGGUUGGUGUUAGGGCUUUGGCUGUUGAGAGUUAGACGGAUUCCAGAGAAAGGGGAUGAGAGGACAACAGAUGAAGGUGGCUCGGAUUAAGAAUCUGGAUGGGAUGUUAUUAUCACGAUACCACGGCUGAAUGAACCAGUUUUUAUUUCUUUAAUUUCCCUCUCGUCUAUGUCGUCCGCUCUGGAUGUUAUUUCAAGGACCGAAGCUGCCUGUUAUUGAGCCUUAAACCGUGUCCUACCUUCAGCCACAUGAAACCUCUAGACAAGCUCUCAAGGAUACAUAGUAUCUCUGUUCCCAUAUCGUUCACUCGUUGUAGUAACUCUUGUC